AAAGAUAAACUUUUCCAGAGAUAGAAAUAAAAAAAUCUGACAACGAAGAAGAAGAAGACAUAAGAAAAUUCUGAGCCUUUCAAUUCAUUCAUAUACGAUUACGCGUUCUUCUUCUUCCUUCUUCCUUCUCUCUUUCCCAGAAAGUAUCAUUGAAACCCUUUUUUCACUUUUUCUUCUGACUUUUUUUUUCUCUUUCUUCGCUGAAGAAUCUUUAGUUUUCAUUUUUAGAUUCUGUUUUCUUCUUCGUAUAAACAUAUAUAAAGUUUCGAUUUUUUUUCGAUUCUGGGUACACGAGAUUAAACCCCCCCCCCUCCUUUUCCAUGGCCUCCGCGGCGAUAUUCUCAUCUCUCCGACGGAGGAGAUCGCCGUCUCUGGAAGCUUUUCUUGCCCCCGUUGACCUUUCCGGCGUAGCUCUUGUUCAAACCCUAGCUUCCAUUUCAACAGAAGUCGUAUCUUGUUUCAGCGGCGUUAGAUUCACGUUCCAACGCAAGAACGCUCGUUCUCUGAUUCGCAAGAUCGAGAUCUUCGUCGUCUUGUUCGAAUUCCUCGCGGAUUCGAAUUGGGGGUCAAGAAUUAAAAGAAGAGGAAGCAGCUCUGUUUUUUUCUCCGAAUCAACGGCGUUGCUCUGUUUAAAAGAGCUUUACCUUCUUCUCUACCGCUCCAAGAUCCUCAUCGAUUACUGCGCUCAAUCUAGUAAGUUAUGGCUAUUGCUACAAAACCCUUCAAUUUCUGGGUAUUUCCAUGAUUUAAACCAAGAAAUCUCCACUCUUUUGGAUGUUUUCCCUGUCAACGACCUCUGUUUAAGCCAAGACAUCACAGAGCAAUUCGAGUUGUUGCAGAGACAGUCGAGGAAAUCGAAACUGUACAUCGACAAAAACGACGAGUCCUUACGCGAAACGUUUUAUUCCUUUCUUUAUGCGUUCGAGAGCGGUGAGAUUCCGAGUCCUGUUGAUCUGAGAUCCUUCUUCGUCGAGAAACUGAAGAUUAAAGACUCUGAGAGUUGUAGAAACGAAAUCGAGUUUUUGGAAGAACAGAUUGUGAAUCACGACGGUGACUUGGAGCCUACUGGAUCAGUGAUUAACGGGUUUGUAGCGAUUACAAGGUACUGUAGGUUUCUGUUGUUUGGAUUCGAAGAAGAUGGUUUGGAGUGGUGGAUUGAGAAUCCUAAGAAGCCACGAAAAGGGUUCGUUGCUCAGGAGAUUGGGGACACGUUUAUAACUGUGCCAAAAGAUUUUGUUUGUCCCAUCUCUCUUGAUUUGAUGACAGAUCCUGUGAUUAUAUCUACAGGGCAGACUUAUGAUCGGAGCUCUAUAGCUAGGUGGAUUGAAGAAGGGCAUUGUACUUGUCCUAAAACAGGACAAAUGCUUAUGGAUUCGAGGAUUGUUCCUAACCGAGCUCUUAAGAAUUUGAUUGUUCAAUGGUGUACAGCUAGUGGUAUAUCUUAUGAGUCUGAGUUUACUGAUUCUCCUAAUGAGUGUUUUGCUUCAGCUCUUCCUACUAAAGCUGCGGUUGAAGCUAACAAAGCUACUGUAUCGAUUCUUAUUAAGUAUUUAGCAGAUGGUUCUGAAGCAGCUCAGACAGUUGCGGCUAGGGAGAUACGUCUUUUAGCUAAAACGGGAAAAGAGAACCGUGCGUUCAUUGCGGAAGCGGGUGCGAUACCGCACUUGUGCCGUCUUCUUAAAUCCGAAAACGCUAUUGCGCAGGAGAAUUCAGUGACAGCGAUGUUGAAUCUAUCGAUUUAUGAGAAGAACAAGAGUCGGAUCAUGGAGGAAGGUGAUUGUUUGGAGUCUAUAGUAAGUGUUUUAGUUUCAGGUCUCACAGUUGAAGCGCAAGAAAACGCAGCAGCUACAUUGUUCAGUCUCUCUGCUGUACAUGAGUAUAAGAAACGGAUAGCGAUCGUUGAUCAAUGCGUUGAGGCGUUAGCCUCGCUGCUUCAGAACGGGACACCGAGAGGGAAGAAAGAUGCGGUUACAGCGUUAUAUAACUUAUCGACACAUCCAGAUAACUGCAGUAGGAUGAUUGAAGGAGGAGGUGUGUCUAGUCUCGUUGGAGCACUCAAGAACGAAGGCGUAGCUGAGGAAGCAGCAGGAGCUUUGGCUUUGUUAGUAAGACAAUCUCUUGGCGCUGAAGCUAUAGGGAAAGAGGACUCCGCUGUGACGGGGCUCAUGGGGAUGAUGAGAUGCGGAACACCGAGAGGGAAAGAAAACGCGGUCGCUGCGUUGCUCGAACUCUGUAGGAGCGGUGGAGCAGCUGUAGCGGAGAAAGUGUUGAGAGCACCUGCCAUUGCGGGGUUACUUCAAACGCUUUUGUUUACCGGGACAAAACGGGCUAGACGUAAAGCAGCAUCGCUUGCUCGUGUUUUCCAAAGGCGGGAAAACGCAGCGAUGCGGUCUGGUGGUUACGGGUUUGUAGGGAAUUCGAAUGGUAAUAGAGACGGUAGUUUUACAACCGAUGUCUCUGUACCGAUAUCAAUCUCAAUCUCCGUACCUGUGUUGUGAUAUCUAUAUGGUUUAGUGAAAAAGUUCUAAAAGAGGUACUCUUUUUUGUUGUUGGUUGGUGGUGUUUGUUUCAUUCACUGUAUGUCUAUAUUAUAUACAUUUAUUGGUUGGGAAAGGUAUAAUACAAGUAAUAUUUUAGAGGUGAUGAAAAAGAUAACAAAAAAAGAUUUGUGUAUGGGUCUUUUCUUGUAUGUGUAUUGUAUUUGGAUGUAUAAGCUAUGAAAACCUCAGCAUUGUGAUCGUUUACUAAAUAAAGAACUUGCUUUUCUGUA